AUGGCCAUCCCCGCACCUGAGGAACGGAUUAGCAUGAUGGGGGACGCUUCAUUCUGCACUCCGAAGAGCUUCUGGAAGCAGAAGAAAACGAAGGAGUCUUGUUUUCUACUGAUGAUCCGUGAAGCUGCCAACGACGUCACGGAUGUGGAUCCGAACACCCCGCCGGGCUCACAUGACGAUGCGUUGGACAAAAUCCUACUAGAGUACAAAGCGGUCUUUUGUAAGGAGUUACCCCUCGUCGAACGACCGGACGAGAUCCCUCCAACUUGUACCUUGAAGGAUUCGAUCAUCCCCACAGAAGGUGAUCCUGUCAACAUCAGAUCCUACCAGCUCACCGCAGCACAGCUACGAGAGCAGGAUCAACAAAUAGAAGGAUUGGUCGAACGGGGGCUCAUCCGCGAAAGCUCAUCGUCGUGGGGCUUCCCCGUUCUCUUCGUUCCGAAGAAAGGAGGCGAGUAUUGGAUGUGUAUCGAUUACCGGGCGUUGAAUCAACGAACCCGUAAGAAUCGGUACCCAUUGCCCAGGAUACAGGACUGCCUCGACCAAUUAGGACUAGCGAAGGUGUUUUCGAAGCUCGAUUUGACGUCCGGAUACUGGCAGAUCAGAUUGCCCCCAUCCGACGUCGAGAAAACAGCCUUCAACAUGCAAAACGGAAAGUGGGAGUGGCUCGUCAUGCCUUUUGGCCUCGCGAACGCCCCUUCGACGUUCCAAGCGAUCGUCAAUCGCACCCUUGGCAAGUACAUCGGCAAGUUUGUCAUCGUGUACUUGGACGAUAUCCUCAUCUUUUCGGAUAGCGUAGAGGAGCAUCGAGAACACGUUCGACUCGUCCUGGCCGCGUUGAAGGAGGCUAAGCUGUACGCUAAGCCGUCGAAGUGUGCCUUCAACAUGAAGGAGAUCGACUUUUGUGGUCAUCUUGUAGGGGACGGCAAGGUAUGCCCCCUCAAAGACAAAUUAUGGGUGGUGAAGGAGUGGCCGACGCCAAAAACAGCUCACGAUGUCCGGAGCUUUGUUGGCCUCACCACCUACUAUAGAAGAUUUGUCCAAGGGUUUGCGAAGAUCUGCGCACCCUUGCAUGAUCUGCUGAAGGGGUCUUCUCCUUCAGCAAAAGCAGAACAAAAGCGGGAAGUUGUCUGGUUACCAGAACAUCAAGACGCCUUCGAUCACCUAAAAGUCCGGUUGUGCGCGGCGCCUGCCCUGGCACAGCCAGACACAUCCAAGCCGUUCUUUGUGGAAACAGAUGCGUCCCAGUACGCAAUCGGUGCGGUACUGUUGCAGGAGACUACGGAUGGCAAAAUGCAUCCCGUAGCCUAUGAUGGACGCAAAAUGAAGCCCGCCAAACUUAACUACAGCGUCUCGGAGCAAGAGCUACUGGCCAUCAAGUAUGCUCUCAAUACUUGGAAGCACUAUGUGGACAACGGUUUCACGACAACGAUUCUGACUGAUCACCAGAACCUAGAAACUAUUCCACGUACAAAGGUUGCUUCGAAGCGCCUAGCACGAUGGCUAGAGGAGUUCCAAGAAGUGGACUUGGACAUUAAGUAUCAGCGCGGCGAACUAAAUAUACCUGCUGAUGCCAUUUCACGGCGGGCAGACUGGGUCAACAGUCUGAAUGAGGAGCCUUCGACACUGGAAGAUUUGCGUCGAUGGUUCUUAGGUAACGCAACAGACCCGCCGGAGUCCAUUGCGGCGGAUCUUAAGAACUGGCGUUACGACCCUCGUACGGAGCGACUUCUACAUAGAGUCGCUGGCGCACGAGCUGAAGAAGAUUGGUUCGCACCAUAUGUGGAACCACAGCAUAGGGCUGCAAAGAUGUACGAGGUACAUCGAGAAGGAGGUCAUUCUGGCUAUCAGAGGCUCAAACACCUGUUCGUCAGCAAAUAUUGGUGGCCGAAGCAGUUGCCGGAUUUAGAAUACUUCAUCAAGGCGUGUCCAGCAUGCCAAGUGCACAAGCCCACCGUGCCUAUGGCAGUCAACAAACGCAAGUACGUAAUAGCUGAUGAAACCAUUAAGCCUUUUCAACGCUGGGGCAUCGACCAUGUAGGCCCCUUCGACGAAUCGCCUAGUGGCAACAGCUACAUGAUCUGCGCCAUUGAUUAUGCUACCUUGUGGCCAUUGGCACGAGCAGUUCCGGACACAAAGACGGAACACGUACUUCGAUUCCUGUUGGAAGAGAUUUACCCCGUCUUCGGACCGCCAAAAGAGGUAUUUAGCGACAAUGCGAAGUCGUUUCUGGCAGAAGCAGUGUCGGAACUCUUCUUGCAAAGCGAGACACGACAUCGCAUUGCAACAGCGUACCACCCACAGACGAACGGGAAGGUCAAAGCCUGGAACAAGCAGAUGAAGAGGAUGAUCAAGACGAUGAUGUUUGAUCGAGGUAUACCUCGUAAUCGCUGGGAUGAAUUAGUGCCUUUAAUGCUUACAGCAGCGCAAUGGCGAACGCAUUCGACAAUGGGAAUAAGCCCUUACAAAGCGGUGUUCGGCUUACGCCCUCCCGUCAAUGUAGAGGAGUUCGUCGCGCUUCCUUGGGAAGCGGUGGUAGAGUCCGACGAGCCGCGAUGUUCGCAGCAAACCCACUGGCGAACGGCCGCAGGCGCGUCGAUGAGAAAAGUCGUGGAACAAGAAGUUAGGCGCUUUAAUGCCAAGUAUGGUCGUCAAGCAAAUUCCUUUAACGUAGGGGACUACGUUAUGAAAAGGAACAAGGCGCAGCAGGGCCUCAAAGGCGGAUGGUUUGGCCCGUACGUGAUUUGCGAAAAAUGGGAUCGAGGAGCAUACGUCCUCGAAUCCAUGGACCAAUUGCGCGAACCCGUGUUCGGAAAUCGAUUACGCAAGAUUACGGAGCCCUUUGGCAAGCAACUUUGGUUCAAUGAGGCCGCUCGUACCCACUUUAGACGUGCCGUAAGCGGGCAUAGGGGCUAUGCUGCUCUUAGGGAAGGAGGAAACGAAGAGUUGGUAGAUGACACACCAGAGUCAUCGACCGGCUGCAUUCCGUGGUCCACUUCGGCACCCCCUACCCAGUAA